AUGUCAAACUAUGAAUGUAGUCUACAAGGGAUCCUUAUUGGACAUGAACAGAAAGAAAAGUUAAUGCAGAGACUUAUGGGUCUUUGCGGUAAUGAUGCUACAAGUGAACUAUUUGAACACGAACUUGUGUUUGUUCCUUCAACACAAACACCUAUUGGACCAGCACGUAAUGAUGAUGUUGUUCUUCGACUUCAGUCCAAGAUAAACAAUCCAAAGGAAAUGUCUAUUAAAUACAGGCAAUGGUAUUUAUGUAUGCAAGGCAAUCCAGAGCCUCAACGACAACGUACAGUCACUGUACGGCCUAUUUCUCGCGUUCAAUUGUCUGGGGAUAUCUUUCGAUUCAUGAAAUCAUUAGGCUAUAGGUAG